AUGGAAAGAGAAGGAAAAUCAGAUCCAAUCCCGAUUGAUAUCAUUCUCGAUAUACUCUCGAGAUUGUCUACUAAUUCAAUCGCUAAGUUUGGUCUCGCAUCCAAGUUCUGUGGAUCUAUACUAAGAGGUCAAGAUUUCAUUGAGUUGUUCCUAAUUACUAGGCCCUUGAGUCGUCCACGUCUCUUAUUCGCGGUUCAAAAUUCUGAUAAGUGGUGCUUGUACUCGUCGCCUCAGUCUCAGUUUCCAGAUGAGAAUCAUUCUCUUGUAGUAUCAGCCGAUUUUCAUAUGGAGUUACGUAGAGACAUGGGACAAGAGAUUUUUGGCCUUGUCUCUGGUUUGCUCUAUUUCCCUAAUACGCGUACAGGCGAAGUGCCGGUGAUAUGUAACCCUAGCACGGGACAAUACGCAAGAUUAACUCAAAGGAGUAGUAUGAACAAUUUGAGCAGCUUAUUAGGGUAUGAUCCGAUUGGCAAAAAAUACAAGGUAAUCACACCAAGCAGUUCACAUUUUGAUCCAGAAAAUAUUCUGACAUUAGGAACUGGAAAAGUAGCAUGGAGGAGUAUCCGAUGUCUCGUAGACCAUUAUCCUGAAAGUGAAGGGAUAUGCAUCAAUGGGGUGUUGUAUUACAUGGCUAGCAACAAAUUCCAGUUCAGUGGUGUGAAGAUAGCUUCCUUUAAUGUAAGGUAUGAAACACUUAAGUUUCUUAAUGCGGAUGUUGACGUAACCUUUUGUCCUGCGCUUGCUAAACUGAUUAAUUACAAGGGUAAAUUAUGCGUGCUUAGUUGUUUAUGGGAUAAUCAAAUUUAUCCAAAGCCGCUUCGGUGGAAGGUACUUAUGUUGUGGUUGUGGGUUCUAGAAGAUGCCGAGAAAGAAGAAUGGUUGAAACGUGAAUACACUUUGCCGGUGAAUAUCGUUCACGGCAAUGUUUCCGUUGUUGGAGUGACUGCUACUGGUGAAAUUAUUUUAUCCAUGGAUUAUACAUCGGAAUCCUUCUUUGUUUACUACUUCAACCCCGAAAGAAACACUCUGGAAAAAGUUGAAAUCCAAGGUUUUGAAGGGUCAGAGAAGAAUCUUAGUAGUAGAGUUUACACCUUUGUUGACUAUGCAGAAGAUGUCAAGUUUAUAUAA